AUGAAGAAACGCCUCGUUAUCUCCAAUCCGUCACCCAUCAAUGAGCUCACGCCAUCUAUUAGAGCCAGUAUUAUAUUGAUUUCCAAAUAUGCUUUUGCAGCCGAAAAUCCAAAAGAACUUUCCAUCAAAAAAGGCGAUGUUUUGAAACUUUUGGACCGUCCAGGAAACGGGUGGAUUCUCGUAAAUUUUGUGGACAAGGUGGCUUCUCCAGGGUUGGUUCCAUCAACUUAUGUGGACAUUGCUAUCAAUGAUACCAUUCAUCCCAUCACUUUAAGUUGGCUUCAUGCCACGGGUAGUGGUCACGAAAAAGGUUGGAACGAGUCAAAUUAUUUGGAUCUUCAAGUUAAACAACUCUUGCGCUCCAAUAGUCCUUUAACCAUCAACAAUCGCGCGUAUCCAGUGAAUUGUUCAAUUUCCAAUUGUCUUUCAUUUGAUAACCGGUACUGGUAUCGACUCGAUGUUACGUAUUCCGACCAUUCUCAAAGCUACAUUUGUCGGUAUUACCAGGACUUCUAUGAAUUGCACAUUGCUCUCGUCCAAUGUAAAAACCUGCUUGCUGCUACAAGCAUUUCCGACCCCAAAGAAACAAUCCAACUUCCCAAGCUCCCCGAACCAAUUCCCUCCACUUGUAUCGACGACAAGCACCAAUUAAUGUCUCUUCUCUUGAAACGUUGCAACGACUUGCACGUAUACAUCAACAAACUAAUUUUAAACAAAAACUAUCAAACCUGUGAAACUUUUAUGAAUUGGUUGGAUUUGGACUACCGAAAUUUGGGCGGGUUUUCCGUCGAUGGGCCAGUGGAUCUCACCAACGACGAAAUCAACGAAAAGGUGCUUCCUGAGUCCCUCAAUCUUUUCAAGGACAACAAAGUGGAGGUUAAUAAUACACCAGAACUCGACCGUAAUAGCAAAAGUUCUCGCGGGUCUGACUUGCCCCAACGAACCAAAUCGAAAAACAUCUACAAUCAUUACCAGCAAAUCACUUUCAUUGAGCACCCCAAAUUACCCCAGAGCUCGCCAGUGUUGCGUGUCAACACCUCGGUAGCCAAUGGCAUUUCCAAGUCGAGCCCCAAAGAAUUUACCAAAGAAAACCGGUCUACACAAGAGUCCUAUAACUCUACGCUGGUAUCGGUAUUUUCCGCGACGGAGCGCAAAUCACCAGCGGCCAAUUGGCCGGACCUGGAUUUUAGUUUCUCCAAGAGAAAGUGA